AUGGAGCUGCUUCAUCUUGUAACUGCAAUUACCGUGAUUUUCUUUUCAGAGGUUUACUCAGAUCGCGGUGAUUACGUAGGAUGCUUCAAAUUGUCUGACGAGGUGAUUAAUACGCAUACAGGGCAAUCUGUUGAUGUCUGCAUUUCGGCUUGUGAACAAGUGUUUUACAAGUAUGCUCUAAUUGGAAAUGAGUCAACAUGUUUUUGUGGAAACACCCCCGGCAAAUUUAAAAUGGAUUUAGGUGUUUGUACAUCACCCUGUCCAAAAAAUGAAACUCAAAUAUGUGGAGGUGAGAAUGCGGUUAGCGUUUACGAUACAGAAAUCACUAAGCCUGGGCCGCCAACGUCUUUAGAGACUUAUAAUGUUACUGAAUCCACUGUUCGCGUACAAUGGACCGCACCCCAAGCAUACACAAGGAUAACCAGCUAUAUAAUAUGGGCAGUUGUUGUUACAACUUAUGCUGACACAAUACUGCAACCAAUACAGUGGCGAGUUCCGAACAAUACUUAUCAAACUCAACUUUUAAAUCUUCAACCAGGUUCAGUAUACAAUAUCAGUGUAGGGGCUAUGUAUUAUGAGGAAGAAAGCAAUAACAUAACUGUCAAAGUAGAAACUGUGAUUGGGACCCCUGAUCCAAGUCCUCCAGAUAUUAAAAUAUUACAGAGGAAAGGAAAUGAAAUGCUAGUCCAUAUACCAGAGGCAAUCAAUGUUAAUGGUCCUGUUUCAAUGUACAGAAUAGUUGUUUCCAUUGAAUUAUUUCAACAAGGGUUUAUUACAGAAAACUUGGGUAAUUAUUCAUAUGCACAAGAAAAAGGACUGCCCUACUAUAUAACAGCUGAAUUGGACCCAGAUGACAUAAAGAAUGAUUUUGUUAUUGGUGAUGAACGAACUUAUAAUGGUUUUUAUAAUGCACCUUUAGCAUUGACUAAUGAUAUUGAGGUAUCAUUAGGAGUUGUAAGUGAAAAAAAUCAUAUUAAGAAAAUAAGAUAUGCGGAGUCAACAAAAACAAUAAUAUUAAAUAUAAAUGAGCCAGAAGUUGUAUCUGGUUUAGUUGUAGCGUUAGGAGCUGGAAUUGCAAUAGGUAUUGUUCUCUUGUUAAUAGGAUUAGGUCUUCUUAUUGUAUUAAGGAAAAGAAUCAAUAUUGCCAGGUUAGAAAGAGGUUCUCAGUCUAUGCCGCUGAGCCUAAGUGAACCUUGUUUGGAAAUAGAAAAUGCAGGAUUUUUGCAAGAUGAAGUUGAAAGAGUAGACUAUUAUAGUAAUCUUAAAAGGAAACUGUGGAACAUACCAAGGAACUUUAUUGAAAUGGAUAUAUCAAAUGUUGUGGGUAUGGGCAACUAUGGCAAGUUUAUAAGAGGAACAGUGCAACAACAUGGAGUUCAGACAACAGGUCUCAUUCAAGUUAUAUCCGAUAAAGAAAUAGAGAAACCAGAAAAAAAAUUAAUGCUUCAAGAACUAGAUCUACUUAUUAAAUCCAGUGAACAUGAUUAUGUUAUCUCAAUGAUAGGAAUCUGCGAAACAAAUACGUCACUGUUGGUUGUCCUACAGGAUGUCAAAAUGACCCUCAAAAAUAUGUUGCUUGAGAGUCGACAAAGAGAUCUAGGAAACAAUAAGUUUUGUCUAUUGCCUGAAAAUAAGCUCCUAGAAAUUUGUGCAAAUGUAGCAUGUGGCAUGGAAUAUCUACACAGUAAGAAAAUAAUGCAUAAAAAAUUGUGUUGCAGGAAUGUUUUAGUUACUGAUAGUGGAGUUCUGAAGGUUUCAGGUUUUGGGUUAUCUUGCAACCGUCCCUUGCAUAGUACUCCAGACUUUACAAGAUGGACAUCUCAUGAAAUGUUGCGUCAGACACGAUAUAACCCAAAAGCAGAUGUGUGGUCCUUUGGCUGUUUGAUGUGGGAAGUUUUUACUUUAGGAGGAACACCAUACUCUCACACUGUUAAUAAAGAUGUAGCUGCUAGAGUGUUACGAGGUAUGAGACCCUCACAACCCUCAUAUGUUGGUGAUGAACUCUUCCAAUUGUGUCUCCAAUGUUGGCAGGUUGACCCUGAUGAGAGACCAACAUUCACCUCACUUGUACAUGAGGUGGUACCAUUCGCUGAUGGUCCAGGAUCGAGAUGUUUAAGUUUGACAUAUUAUAAUGGAUUUAAUUAUGAACCUCACAUACCAGAGUUUGAAAUUAUUUCAUAG